UGACCUCGUGAUAACUAAUAACUAUGGAUUCGUACGGCGAUUCUUCCUCUUCAGGCGAACGAUUCAAUCCUUUGUUAUUUGUUCAAAAACCUCGAGUGAUCCUCCGUCUCAUUGGAAUCAUCUGCGCUAUUGUUGUGUUCGCCUGCAUUGCGGACAAGGUUUAUCCCAACGAUGUUUGCUAUUACAACUUUAACAACGAUGCGUGCAAUUAUGGCAUUGCCAUUGGUGUCAUCGCAUUCAUCGAUUGUCUUGCCUUUUUGGUCGUCGACGUCAUGUUUGACCAGCAGAGUAAUGCGCAGGUGCGGAAGUACAUGGUGGUGGCGGAUUUCAUCUUUUCUGUCAUGUGGUCGAUCAUGUGGUUUGUUGGAUUCUGCUUUUUGACGGACAUGUGGAGGAGGACUGAUAGGGGGCUGUUGUCUGGUGAUACUAUAAACAAUGCUCAGGCAGCCAUUGCGUUUUCUUUCUUUUCGAUCGUCAUAUGGGUUGCUCUAGCUGCUCUUAGUUAUCUUCAAUACCACAAAGGACUCAGAGAUUUCUUCCCUUCUGAUUCAAGAGAAACAGGAACGUCGUCUGAUCACAAUUAUUCGUCGAUCCCCGGUCAGCAUGACCCAUACGAGUCUUACCAAAAGCCGCAAUUUGCAGAUGAAAAAUUGGAGACAUCAUAGUAUUAGUAUGUGAUCAUGAACAAAUCUUGAAUUUCAAAAUAGUAGUGAAGUGCAAUAUAAGUGUUUAGUGUGAAUUAGGUUGAUGAACUGACGAACAUCCGUUUUAACAAAUACGCAAUUAAAACUUACUUUUACUGACUUUAGUAGCGAGGGACUCACGUAUGUCAACAAAGGAACAAACAGCCUUCUAUAUUUGUUUCAAAUUUUGUUUUCUAUUCUAAUGGUAUCGUCUGUUGUCUUCA